CGGCCGACGUCGCGACCUCAUGAAUAUUCCAUCGUCCCGCGGAAGCCCGAGCUCUUUCGAAAUUCCCAAUUAGCAUCUGCCGCGGCCAGGCCGCCUUCCAACGGGCACACCUAGCCAGGAUUUCCUUCUGGAGCGCUCGCAGCCAGAUUUCCAGUGCGCGGUCCGGAUUCUGGCUUUGCGCUCUCCGGGCAACAAUGGUGCGCUCAAGAACGACUUAUGUACUUGCCCAUGUGCCCGCUAUGUGUGGCGGAGUCGGAGCGUUGUGAGUUUCUUGGAGUGAUCGCGGCGCGUCUUGAGACGAGAACAAGACGAAGGCAGCCUGGCCUGAGACGGGUGACUGCGACUUGUUGUUGGUGGACUUGUUUUUUGCUCGAUGGUGAGUGGCAGCUCGAGCGCGAGUGAUGUUUUCGAGGAACCACAGAGUUCAGUUCUCGGGCCGAUCGCGUUACGUGACAGACUGUGCGGUUGCUCCGUUCUAAUGCCCAAAGUACAUAAAAGCCGAGCAUUAACUACCAUUAUAUGGUUAAUAGCAGUGAUAAGGGACAUAUUUCUAAGUGAAAAGACAUAUUUUGAUAAGCCCCUUAUCACCCAGCUCUUGUGUAACGCGGAGACGAGAAGUGCUGCAAAGAACAACGGUGCCUAGUGUGGAGCUUCUCGGAACGGGAGUGUCUUUGGUUUUAUCCAGUUCCGUGUGUAAGUGGCUGAAUUCCGCGAAACAAAGUCCUGCUGGAGCGAAAAUCUCGAAAGGCCAGUGAACAUCGCCUCCAGGGAAAAGAUAGAAAGUCGCAAUGUCUUCAAGUUUGCACAACAAAACGCGCAGCAGUGCCGUGUGUGGUUGGGCGUCUUGAGUGUCUUUUGCACUUUUUCGUAGGUGUCGAGUGCCAACAUAAACUGGCUCCGUCGCGAGCCCAGCAUAUGGUCAAAACAUGUCGAGAUAUCGCCCUUGCGCGGCCUUCGGAAGCUCCAGAUCUUAGAUAGCGCGGAGGAAGACACCGCGACCAAGUCAAAACCCAGCGACCUCGUAGGACACCUCCCCGAGACCUGGCUUAAAGGUCGCAGCCGCGUCCCCAGAGACCCUAAUCGACGAUAAUCGAUCAUUGCGCUGCACCUGUUGGCCUGCAAUUCGCGACCGCAACACACUCGCAAGGCCGCGACUGUGUACACUUUUAUGUUCCGCUAUCGCGAAAAACUCUGUCACCUCCACGACUGGUGUGUGUUCGUGUUUACUUUGCCAGGCGACCAGUCUUAUUUAUAAAAAGUGGCAUAGAUUGAUAUGCGAUUUUACACCCAUUGUGUAUCGUAGCGCGAUCUUACGGCGACGUGUGUGUGUUGGGUGGAGGAACGCUACCUGGAGCACGCAAGUGAUACCGCGACCCGCGAAACCCGGACUCUGCAGUGCGCGUGUGCAAAGUGUAAGCCGCGAUCCGCCGGCUCUGCUGGUGCAAAAUCUGCCAUCGGCUAACUCGACUCGCGCACAGGGUGUAGCCGCAGCAGUAAACAGUCCACCUUAUCACCCCGAGUGCAGAUGACUUCAACGAACUAAAUAUGAAGACUACUCUAAUUCGUACGUUAGCUCUUCUCACCCUUUGCUUGUGUUUGGGCGUGAGAGCUGAUAAUAACAGAGAGAUUUCACUGGAGGACGAUUUCAGAUAUAUUUCCUUCGAAGAUAUUUCCACCGUCUCGGAUAAAUUUACGGAUGAAAAUGUGACCUUCUUUUCCCGGCUCCUAUUUGAUAUUGCGCGUGAUCAGGUGAUAGUUGGCGCAAGAGAUUCCCUAUACCGACUAUCAUUGCGUCUUAGUCUACGAGAACAUUCAUCGUGGAAAGCAGAUCCAUCAAUGAUAACAACGUGCCAAGAUAAGGGACAAAGUGAAGAUGAUUGCCACAAUUACGUUAUGGUUCUGCAGAACUACGGUAAUCUUCUGUAUGCCUGUGGAACGUAUGCGUUUAGCCCCAAUUGUUCGUGGCGACAGAUGGAGAACUUAACCGCGGUAAGCUAUGAGACUGGCGUCGCGAAGUGCCCGUUCAGCCCUAAGGCCAAUGUAACUUCGUUGAUAACUGAAAGUGGAUACAUGUUUGUAGGCUCGCCGACCGACUUCUCUGGCUCCGAUUUUGCCAUUUUACGAGCUGACCUAUCACAAAGCGGCAAGCGUUUAGUGCGAACAAAGCAGUACAACUCCCAAUGGCUGAAUGAACCGCAAUUUGUAGGAAGCUUUGAGAGCGGGGAGUUUGUUUACUUCGUCUUCCGCGAGGUUGCGGUAGAAUUUAUGAACUGUGGGAAGGCAAUCUAUUCUAGGAUCGCAAGAGUGUGCAAACGGGAUCCAAGUGGAGAUCAUAUAUUGAAAGACAAUUGGACGUCUUUCCUGAAAGCAAGGUUGAAUUGCUCGCUACCUGGUGAUUAUCCUUUCUAUUUUGACGAAGUCCAAGGCAUCAGUUACUCGUCCGAGGAAGGCAUACUUUAUGCAACAUUUAGCACUUCCCAAAAUAGCAUCCAUGGCUCCGCUGUAUGCGCUUACAAUUUAUCAUCCAUCAAUGCGGCAUUCAACGGACUAUUCAAACAUCAAGAAUCAAUUCACUCGAUAUGGAAAAGCGUCGAUGCCCCCUACAGAUCGCAGUACGAAUGCCAAUUCGACGCGAGUGCAACCACGUCCCGCCACCGACAACUUUUAGAUUCCUUACGGUAUCAGUUAAUGGACCAAUCUGUGCAGCCUAUUGCAGACAAACCUCUCCACUAUUCAUCAUUGGAAAGAUUCGUGCAUAUCUCGAUAGACACGAUUGCGACAAAGACCUCAUCGCAUGUGCCGAUUCUAUAUGUAUCAACAGAGACUGGUGUGAUAAAGAAAAUCCAUAUCAUCCCACGCAUGAACGAGGCCUGCGUGAUAGAAAUAUGGCAGGCAGAUAGCCAUCACGACGGAUCCAAAAUUCACACUAUUGAAUUCCUGAAAGAAACUGAAUCGUUGUACGUGGGAACCGACUCAGGGCUUAUGAGAAUCCCUGCUGAACAUUGCCACAGGCAUGUUUCAAAUGCGUCAUGCUUGAACGCUAUGGACCCCUAUUGCGGUUGGAACGAGUUGAAACAGACAUGCUCACCCGCACCAAAUGGAAACCCUCACGUUAGACAUUGGAUCCAGAGUGCAUCACAGUGUCCACUCCUAACUGCCCCUGUUGACGGAGGAUGGUCAGCUUGGUCGGAUUGGUUUAAAUGCGCGCAGAACACAGAACAGGACAUCGAUAACCUCAGCGGAAAUGUAGAUAUGUGCCUAUGCCGACGGCGAACAUGCAAUAACCCAACGCCAAAAAAUGGAGGCGAACCUUGCAAAGGCAUAGACAUUUUGGUUAGCAAUUGCACCGUAAACGGUGGCUGGACUGAAUGGAGUGCUUGGUCUUCGUGCUCCCAAACUUGUGGAAUGGCCGUGAAGACACGAAGACGUACGUGUGGCAAUCCUAAGCCUGCCCACGGCGGUCGAACUUGCGUUGGUGUCGAUCGUCAAGAAUUAUACUGUCCACUGCUUCCACCAUGCCCUGUUCCGGAAGAGCAGCCAGUAGAUGGUGGGUGGGGUCCUUGGGGAAGUUGGAGUGAUUGCAGUGCAGCUUGCGGUGGCGGAUAUAGAAGCCGAAGAAGGAAAUGUAACAACCCUCAACCCCGGAACGGAGGUCUUGAUUGCUCCGGUUGCCAUGUUGAAUAUGAAGUUUGCAACACGAAAAGCUGUCCGGAAAUCAAGAAAAUGAGUGCAUGGACACCGUGGUUGAUAGAAGUCAACGGGUCGGCUAGUGAUCGCGGACGUUUGGAGAAGAGAUAUCGCUUUGCAUGCCGGGCUUCUGUUGCAAACACUAAUCUACUACGUUUUGACGCUCCAAAGGAGGAGAAACGUAUUUGUUACGAGGAUGGAUCUUGUCAGAGGUUUGGCGUUGACAGCGAAAAUGGAGAAUGGACAGAUUGGACCCCGUGUAGCGUGUCCUGCGGUGGCGGGCAACAAUUUAGACGGAAAAUCUGCGACGGAGAUGAAUGUAAAGGCAAACUGCAAAUGGCCAGGGCUUGUAAUACGCAACCUUGCGCAGACUGGGGUUGCUGGGGCGAUUGGUCACCUUGUUCGGUUUCUUGUGGAAAGGGAGUAAGAUUCAGGCAACGGAAGUGCAUUGGUGACGACUGUGAGGGCAACAGCAGAGAAGAGGAUGCUUGUGAUAUGGGGUCAUGCGAAAAUAGCCCAUAUGUGUUGCAAGCGGGUCUAAGUGCAACGAGCAUAUACAGUAUUUGCUUCGGUGUCGCAGUCUUCUGCUCUUCGGUUUCAGUAAUACUGACAAUGAUCUACUACAAACGAAAAGCUUCUGAGCAAGCGAGAAACUGUUUACCAUCAUCUCAAUGCUACGGCUCGUACCCGAACCAGUAUGAGAGCCUACCCACUAAGGAUCUCAACGAACGUCGGGCGAAACCGAAAAGACAGUCGAGUUUCAACUCAGGCAACAAAAACAUGGGCCACGGAACUCUAACGAAAGCGACGAAUCUCGCCGGAAACUACAACACCCCUAAAGUCCUAUCGAAAUCCUUUUCCGACUGUGAAUCAUCAACGCUCAAACGUAACUCACAACUGAACAACGCCAGGCUGCAUAGAAAUGUUGACGACGAGAAAUUUUAGGUCGAAGUAAUUGCCAGGUAAAUUAGCUCCUUGAGAUCGAUUAAAACGACGUCAAAUACAAUUGAAUCUUCAAAAGCCGCGGAUUAUACUGCCAACCAGUUUAUCAAAAAGAUAGUUAAAGAGUAGAAUAGAUAUUGUAGAAUAUUAUGGUUUAACGAACGCUGAGAGCCGAUAGCAUUCCACUUCCCAAUAGUAAUUAGUCCCAGUAGCUAACGACACCAACUAAUUCACAAUUUUGCCUUUCCAUUAUUCUUGCCUUCUUCGAACCCAGGUUCGCGUAAAGAUUCUUGUCGUGCAUUUUUAGCAAGGUUUAAGUAGAUUACGGGCUGAAGUUAGUUUAAUCGCCAAUUGUUAAGAUUGUGCCAUUAGUGUUAGGAGUUUUUAGAGCUUUAUGUCUACUUUACAUCGACUAUACAAAUUAUGUUAUACAAUUGUUAAGAUUAUUCGAAUUCAAAAUUCAGAGCAAAUCUAUAUAAUUUUACGUAGAGUAAAUGGGAUAUUUGUAGCUCAUAUUGAGCUUUGUUUUAGGACGUUAGCGAAUAAUAUACACUCAAUCAAAUAAUCGAAACGAGCAAUAAUAAUGAAUUACAAUACAAUCUAUGUAUGCCAAAUAUUCCCCACAGUAUUGAAUCAGCUCAUUAAAUGAGUGCAAGACAAUGCUCCUUGAUGCCUUUUUAAUAAAGUAAUAACUUUGCUAAUUUAUAAUAAAAUUGAUGAUUGUGAAAAUCGAGCGUUUUUUUUGUAUUGUGUUUAGCAGAAGCCGUUACUCACAGAGAUAAGAUAAGAGAUACGGAAUGUAGUUUAAUGUCCACUUGAUAAGAUUGAUUAUUACUUCAUUUGCCGAAGUAAAGAGGAAAAAAAUGCUGAGUAUUCGAUUACAGAAACUGGGAAGGUCACCUAUGAAAUUAGGGCAACUUAACAAGUCAUCCACUUGUUCUGUGACAAAUUUUGAUGGACAUGCAGUGCCGGUAAAAAUUAUAAGAGAGCAGUGUUGCCGGAAGCGAAAAAAUUAUGGUAUCAAAAAAUGUGGCAAAAAGUGCUAAAUAAUACCUUUAA